CACAAGCCUCCCUCAACACUGUCACACUGAGUUGCACACUUGCAUUGGACUGCAUUUCGUUGCGUUGCAUGCACAAAGCCAGUCACAAGCAGUAGCGAUCAUCAUCACCAUGCAGGCCAUGCAGAGACUUGUGCUCGUGCUCGUUGUGCUUUCCGUGGCCAUCACGGCGUCGGCGCAGGGCCCGACGGCGGCGCCGGCAGCGCCGGCAACGCCGACGCCGACUCCUGCGGCGCCAGCGCCCGCGGCCGGGACGACCAACAUCACGGGCGUGCUGGCCAAGGCCGGGCAGUUCAACACGUUCAUCCGGCUGCUGCGGUCGACGGGCGUGGCGACGCAGAUCGACAACCAGCUCAACAGCUCCGGCAACGGCCUGACGGUGUUCGCGCCCACGGACAACGCCUUCACCUCGCUCCCCUCCGGCACGCUCAACUCGCUCUCCGACCAGGAGAAGAACGCGCUCGUCCAGUUCCACGUCCUCUCCACGCUCAUCCCCAUGUCGCAGUUCGACACCGUCAGCAACCCGCUCCGGACGCAGGCCGGCAACAACUCGCCGGGGCAGUACCCGCUGAACGUGACGUCCGAGGGCCAGCAGGUGAACAUCUCCACGGGGGUCGUCAACGCCACCGUCGACAACUCGCUCUACUCCGGCGACAACCUCGUCGUCUACCAGGUGAACAAGGUGCUGCUGCCGGCGGCGCUCUUCGGGACGACGCCCGCGCCCGCACCCGCGCCGCUCGCGUCGGCCAAGAAGAAGGGCAAGACCCCGGCGUCCGUCGCGGACGCGCCCGACACCGACGCGUCCCCGGACGCGACUGCGUCUCUUGCGGCGGCGAGGGUGACGGGGGGUGGCCUCGCGGCGGUUCUUGCGUUGGCCGGAGUCUGGUGGGGGCUGUAGUGACGGCGAUGAGAGUGUGAGGUCUCCCGUAGUCCGCUAUUCCAUCUUUUUGUCUACUUUUCGAAGGUGUUGUUGGUCUUUUCGUUAUUCCUUUGGCCAUUUUUGGAUGAUUUGUUCUUCGCUACCAUUGCAAUUGCUAGGAGCAUGUUAUGUAAUUGGAGUCCCAUUUUUAUGUAAUGCUACUAAAUAAAUAAGAGUUGUGUAUAUUUCA